CCGGGCCGGCGCCUUGGCAGCAUCCGCCGGGUGGGGCGUCCCGGCGGCGCGCGGGGGCCGGGCGGUGCUCCUUCGCUCCCGCCUCCCCUCCCUCCGACCUCCCCCCCGCCGCCUCCCUUAAAGCGCGGUGGGCGCCGCAGUGGAGGUAGUAGCGCAGUGCGGGUGUAGGGCGGCGGGGGGCGGGCGCCAUCGGUUCGGGCGCGGCUGAGCUUCCUUGCCCGCCUCCGCUCCGCUCCCGCCCCUCGGGCCCGGGCUGUCACCGCGUGAGGAGGAGCCGCCGAGCGUCGCCAGCAUGUUUGACAGGACGCGGCUGCCCUUCGUGGCGCUGGACGUGAUCUGCGUGGUGCUGGCUGGCUUACCCCUUGGUGUUCUAAACUUGGCCAAAAUAAAACCGUAUCAGAGAGGCUUUUUCUGUAAUGAUGACAGCAUCAAGUAUCCGUUCCAUGACAGUACCAUCACAUCCACUGUCCUCUACACAGUGGGGUUCACCCUGCCCAUUUUAUCUAUAAUCUUAGGAGAGACUCUCUCUGUCUUUUAUAACCAUUUGCACUCAAACUCAUUUGUCAGAAAUAACUAUGUAGCCACUAUUUACAAAGCCAUUGGAACCUUCAUUUUUGGAGCAGCUGCUAGCCAGUCAUUGACGGACAUUGCCAAGUAUGCCAUAGGCAGACUGCGUCCUCACUUCCUUGCGGUGUGCCAGCCUGACUGGACACGAAUCAACUGCAGUCUGGGUUAUAUUGAGAACUUCCCUUGCCAAGGAGACAAAGCAAAAAUCAAUGAAGGAAGACUAUCAUUUUACUCUGGCCAUUCUUCGUUCUCCAUGUACUGCAUGCUCUUCCUAGCACUUUAUCUUCAGGCCAGAAUGAAAGGAGACUGGGCAAGACUUGUACGUCCUACCAUACAAUUUGGUCUGAUUGCUGCAUCCAUUUAUGUGGGUCUGUCCCGUGUUUCUGACUACAAACAUCACUGGAGUGAUGUUUUAACAGGGCUCAUCCAAGGAGCACUGGUAGCUAUACUCAUUGUUGUGUACGUGUCUGACUUCUUCAAAGUGAGAGGGUGUACAUUUCAACCAAAAGAAGAUUCCCAUACAACCCUGCAUGAGACACCAACAAAUGGAAAUCACUUCGGCAGCAAUCAUCAACCAUGAAGAAUGAUUCACUUCAACUGUCUUGGUCUCUGAAAGGAAAACAGUUUCACCAGUCUAAUUAUGUAAUAUAAGCAAAUGCCUUUAAAGGACUGCUGCUGCUGCUCUUGGAUGCUCACUUUACCUGUAUAUAAGUAACACUUACUACAGUUCUGUAUAUCUAAACUUUACAUUGUUGUUGGUUCAAGCUCUUGCUUUAAGAAAAAAAAAAACAAUACCAAAAGAUAGUCAAAUUGUAAAUUUUUAUUAUGAAUGUGGUAACUCUUAUUACAUACACUGCUGUUUGUACAUGCCUUGUUGAAAUUAUUGUGGUUUAAAUAUGAUUAAAACAAUGUCUUGACUCAAGAUGGCAUGUGAAACUGAUGAACUUUGUUACAGGUAAAGGCUUGCAGCAAACACAAUAUCUCUCUUGAUUUUUGUAAUACCUACAAAAAAAAAACAAAAACAAAAAGUA